AUGGCUGAGUCAUCAUCUUCUUCGGGAUCUGAUUCGGAUGUAGAGCCCACCGAUCCCAGCAUGUGGAUCAUACCUGGGCCGUACAGGUGGGAGGUCCUUCGUAAGAGGACGCAGAAAGGUCAUAUUUCACAGCGAGUGUGGAAUACUGAGCAUGUAAGAAAGAUUAAGACUAGGCGUGAGAAGCCACAAGGGGGCCCACCUACCGGUGCUAUUCCACAGGUUGUGGAAGAGUACCUCAGACAGGCGGGUUUCAUACAUGUUGCCAGGAAGCAACAUAUCCAGAUAGAUACAUUUUUAAAUAAUGCUCUGGUCGAGAGGUGGAGAACAGAGACACAUACGUUUCACAUGACCCAAGAUGCCGGUGAGUUCCAUCAUUCCGGCGACCUCCGCAUCUCAUUCUUGGAUCGGCAUUAUACCCGGUGGACUGAUCAUGAGGGGAAUCAUGCUGCCGAGAUCUACUUCACAAAAGCCCACAUUGCCCGGAUGUUGGGGACUUGGUUGCUGGCGGACAAGUCUGGAGGUAGCAAUUUUGGUUGCCGGCUUGUCCCGUUGCUAGGUGGAGGAUUUGAGGACAUUGAUUGGCCGAUUCGGCUGGGGAUCUGCAGUUUUGACACACUUGUUCAGGAAUUUGUGUGA